ACAAACCUUGCUGUCGCUCAAUUGGGAUCAGUGGAUGAGAAAAAAAAUUGGUGGCCCGUGCUGCGAUACGAUAUCGACAAAUUUACCUUCGGGUUGGUGUUUUAGAUCAACUCUCUUAAUGUUAAAGCUGCUAUAGAAAAACGUCGCGCACAAUGGGGGAGCAACCAAUUUUCACUUGCAACGCUCAUGUGUUCCACAUAGAUCCCAAAACCAAACGCACAUGGAUAACAGCAAGCUCGAAGGCAAUCGCUGUUAGUUUUUUCUACGAUUCCUCACGCAAUCUCUACCGAAUUAUCAGUGUUGAAGGGAGCAAGGCUGUUAUCAAUUCAACUAUUACUCCUAACAUGACCUUUACCCAAACGUCCCAAAAGUUUGGCCAAUGGAGUGAUGUACGUGCCAAUACAGUGUACGGGCUAGGGUUUGCUUCGGAAGCCGAGCUUGGUAAGUUCAUAGUAAAGUUUCAAGAAGUGAAGGAAGCCACCAAGGACGCCCUCAACAAGGCGUCAGCCAACGGUAAUUCUGCGGCUGCAUCAGCAAACGCAUCGCCCAUCACGGCCCGUGCAUCGGCCAACAGUGGCGAUAUUUUCGAAACCGGAAACCUAGAACCACCACUGGCACCGGCAAGUAGCAUUUCAACGACCUGUAAAACGGACAGUCCAUCGCAUAACAAUAUCAGUGAGACGAAUGCUAACAAUCUGAACAAUGAACUGAAGCAAUUGUCAAUUAACAAUUCAUCAACGAACGAUGGCACGGUAACUUCAACAUCGGAGCAGCAACUUAAAUAUGAAAACGAAAGAUUGAAGCUUGCCCUAGCACAAAGCUCUGCAAAUGCUAAAAAAUGGGAGAUUGAGUUGGCAACACUUAAAAGUAAUAAUCUAAGAUUAACGAGCGCGUUGCAGGAAUCGACAGCAAACGUCGAUGAAUGGAAGCGACAGCUGCACUCUUACAAGGAGGAAAAUCAAAGAUUGAAAUUACGCUACCAAGAUCUGGAAGCUGGCAAGGGUGGUGUUGUACCCGCGGCAGGUGGCGGCACAAACGCGGCCGGAUUAGCUUCAAACGAGCUAACGGAGGAGCUAAGACGUGAGAUUGUGUCUCUAAAGUCCCGGAUUGAGGGACUAGAGGCAGAACUCAUGAAUCAAGAGAUGGAACUGAAGGCAGCAAACAAGACUCUCAAAGAUAAGCAAAACGACCCUACGCUAAAACAGAUGACUAAUCUGUGCAAUCAGUUUAAUGCACAAAUAACUGAACUAAGCGGCAUACAAAAGGAGAUGGAAAAGCUGAUUCAGGCGCAGCACAAAUCUACUUGAGAUAUGAAUGUGCCAAAAGCAGCAUCGGUGGCCAUUAGCGGUA